CUGGUACUGUACUUCCACUCAGUUGGGCCACAGAAAAGGCAUUAGGAAACUACAUUUUGCAAGGAACGGUUUCCAGGGCUAACCUUUCAUCCAGACGUUGAAAUGCAGCGAACACUGGAUCUUGCAGAUGAAAAUGGUUCUGCUUUUGAGGCAGUCUCCCCACAAGCCUCUGUCCCAGAUAACAUCCUGACUUUUGCCUGUGUUUUGCCAACAAAGAGAGGAAUUAAUGUCUCCAAUGAGGUUCUCAUCGUGCAACUGCCAGCUCAAGAGAAUGUGCGCCAACUCCGACUUCACAUUUGCGUACAGGCACAGGAGAAAGGGCAUCACCCAGACAUCUGCCAUGUCCUCGACCCUGAGUGCUACCAACUCCUUUACACAAGAGGACCAGACUGGUGUGAAAUUUACGAUGACUAUCAGAUCCUGAGGACCUUAGAGGCGGUCAGAUACUGGCACCAACAAGGUAUAAAAAUGGGUAAAAUUUUUGUGAAACCCACUUCUGAAGGUAAAGAGCAAGGCAAAACCUUCCAUAGUAACCUUGCCUACUUGAUCGGACAUGACCUCAACAAGACUGUUGUUGAUCGCUUGGAUGAGUUGAGUUUUGCCCGAAGGAAAUUUGCAUCUCCUCGCAAGAUAGAACUCUGUAACCGUAACCCCAGGGAAUAUGUCACUGAGCCUUGGACUGCUUCAGUUCCUCUCCCAAAAGACCAGCAGACCAUGCUUAACAGUAGGAUACCCAUUACUUUCCAUUACAAUGGAGUGAGCUUGAGUGUGAAGGCAGACCUUAAGGAACGGCCUUCUGCUCUGAUUGAAAUGUUUAUGCAGAAGAUGUCUGACAGAGGUUCGGCUAUGGAAUAUGCAGCCUCUGACUUGACGCUUAAGGUUUGCGGGAGAGAAGAAUUCUUAACCGGAGAGUGGGCACUGGCUGAUUUUCUCUGGGUUCGGCAGUGCCUUAAAACCAAAGAGGGAAUUCAUCUGUCUGUGCUCCCAGUGCUUUCAUUCCAAGAGGAUGAGGUUAGAAUAGAGGACUGGCCAUUAGUGGACAGCGUCACUGGGCUUUUCAAUAGUCACAGGGAUCUCACUCUGGCCAACAAAGAAGUUGAUGACAUCCUGAUGAUCUCCCUCUGGGAUUGCAAUAGGAAUUUCAGAGUAAAGUUGCUUGGAUUUGACAUCCCUCAGUUUCCCGGUAAAGCUCCUCAGUACGUUUACGUUGAAGCUUUCAUCCUUCAUGGGAAGAACGUGGUGUCAUCAGUCCGGUCUGUGCCCAAGGCUUUUGAGGAUGAAGUUCUUUGGAAUGUGUGGUUGGAGUUUGAUAUGCUACUUAAAAACCUGCCACGAGGUUCAAAACUGGGGUUCAGCAUCAAUGGAAUUUAUAUCGAUGGCAAUUCGACGAAGGAAAAUAAGUCACCCCCAGCGGGAGGAAAGUUGUCAGACUAUCCAAAGGGCAAGGAAAAGGCUUUGUACUUUGUGAACCUCUUGCUAAUUGACCACAGGUGUCUCCUCAGACAAGGGCAACACACUCUCCACAUGUGGCCAUUUCCUGAACAAGAAGAGGAAAUGUUUACCUUUGAAGCUGACAAGCUUUCUUCCACAACCAAUCCAGACCUGGUUAACUCCAUGGCUAUCACCAUCAUAUUAGACAAAUACAGUUUCCCUGUUGUCCUACCACAUAGUCGGGACUCACCUCCUUCUUCCUCGUCAUCAGUAUCAUCCUCUCUGACAAAAGAUGAUGUUUCUUCAAAACCUUCAGCUGUGUCACACAAAGGCAUUCUCCAGCGGCUUAGGGAGGAAAGUUCUCAGUAUGGGUCCCAUCUGCUGCAGUUCCUGAGUACCAUUAACUGGUGUGAUCCUGACACAGUACGGGACAUCCACUGGCUUCUGCACAAUUGGGACCCACAUGAUCUGGAUAUCUCAGUUGCUCUGGAACUGCUCAGCAUUAAAUACGCUGAUGAGGAGGUCAGGCGAAUGGCAAUUAAGAAGCUGGAGAGACUGACAAACAAUGAGCUCCUGAGAUACCUGCUCCAGCUCGUACAGACAUUGAAGGUGGAACCAUACCAUGACAGCUUUCUGGCCAGGUUCCUCAUCCAAAGAGCAUUAAGAAGCAAGAGAGUUGGACACUACUUCUUCUGGUACAUGCGCAGUGAAGUCACCGGUUCCCUCUAUUUCCGUGACCGAUUUGCCGUGAUUCUCGAGGCCUACCUGAUGGGGUGCGGCCAGGCCAUGCUGGAUGGGUUCCUCAAGCAGGCGCAGAUGGUGGACUGCCUUCACAAAGUGGCAACCGAUAUCAAGAAGGUCUUUUCAGAAAAGAGUGACCUCCCCCCCAACGCUGCAUUAAUAUUGCAAGACAUGCUGAGAAGCCACGUUCUACCCCAAAACUUCCAGGUCCCUUAUGACCCUCGCAUUAUAGCAGGACAGAUUGUGAUACAGCUGGAGAAAUGUAAGGUAAUGGCCUCCAAGAAGAAGCCCCUGUGGCUGGAGUUCACUUGCUGGACAUCAGAGGAGUCACCCAACCACACUGUCGGCAUCAUCUUCAAGCAUGGCGACGAUCUGCGACAGGACAUGCUUGUCAUUCAGACCCUGCUAAUUAUGGACUCGAUCUGGCAAGAGAAAUCCCUGGAUCUGAAUCUGGUCCCAUAUGGAUGCAUAUCCACUGGAUACAAUAUAGGCAUGAUUGAGAUAGUGAGAGACGCCACCACGAUCGCAACGAUUCAGAGGAAUAAAGGUGGCACGACUGGCGCCUUCAAAAACGAUGCCCUGUUGGAGUGGCUCAAAGGAAAGUGUGAACGAGAGGAAACUCUCUAUCAAGCCAUGGAGAGGUUUGUCACUUCCUGCGCUGGGUACUGUGUGGCUACCUAUGUACUGGGAAUUGGUGAUCGCCAUAACGACAACAUCAUGAUUACAGAACAAGGGAACCUGUUUCACAUUGAUUUUGGGCACAUCCUGGGGAAUACCAAACGAUUCCUGGGCGUGAACAGGGAGAGAGUGCCCUUCGUCCUUACGCCAGACUUCCUGUAUGUCAUGGGCAGAGUCAACAAGAAGUCCAGCCUCUACUUCAUGCGAUUCAGGGACACGUGUAUCCGGGCAUACCUGGAGCUUCGUUCGCACUCCAGUCUGCUGGUCACUCUCUUCUCUCUCAUGACUGUUACGGGCAUUCCUGAGCUCUGCUGCUCAGAAGACAUCCGCUACCUGACGGAAGCUCUGCAGGUGGGCAGGAACGAGGAGUCAGCACGAGACCACUUCCUCCAGCAGAUCAAUAUCUGCGAGCAGCUGGGCUGGACUGUGCAGGCCAACUGGUGGAUCCACUUGCUGGUCGGCAUCAAACAGGCCUGAAGAGUAGAUUUCAGAGCAGCCUGGGGAAAAUGCAUUCCCACACAGACUCACAAUUGGCUUCUAUCAGCAACGCUCUCUGCUUGGCAGCACAGCUGCUAAGUCAUGACACUCAAAUCCUUCCACUUCAAGACUGCAAUCUUGAAAACCAGUGACUCUUUGAAAUCCACUUUUUAAGACUGAGAAAUGCAGAUGCAGACUCUGUAGACAAUUUGUAUGUAUGCUGUAGUGCCAUUUUUGACCCUGAAGAAUCGCUGUACAAUAUGUACCUUGUGACAGAAAAUGUGGGCUGUGCCCAAAGCAGGAAUGUAAAGCUUAAUGGAGAACAUUUGAAGAAGAGGAAGCCAAUAUACACUACUGGUUGUCAGAUCGAUGUUUUAAAAUACAUUUUUUUUUCAUAAAAGCUUCAGUGUUUUGAAAACAUGGGGCACUACCCAUUGCUUUAACUUUUUACUUUACUUUUCUUUUCUAAAAAUGGAGCAAGAUGCAGAGAAUAGAGAACGGAGCAAAAAUAUCUAAAAAGAUAAGUCAAUGUGCUUGGUCAUUAGCCAUGGUGAGUCAGUUGGUAUACAGUAAAUGUUCUGUCUCACACGGUAACAUGAUACACUUCUUAGGACCCCCCACUGAUGUAGUUCAAUUAAAUACUUUUGUCACUUUGGGAUUUUUAAAGAAGAUGCCAUUUGGUUUGUGAACGAAGUGUUUUGCCUUGUGAGGAUCUCCUUAUCAAUCUCACAAUGCUUGUUUCUCAGAAGAUACUGUUUUUGAGUAGAUAUUAUCUCUGAUUUGCUCCCCAUCAAUGUAGUAAAUCCUGCAUACAUAUAUUCCUACAGUAUAAAAUAUUUGUGUGGAUGCCCCAUUCUACUCAAUUAAAACUCACCUUUGGGGUGAAAAUAAACCAGGAACCAGAAAUUUUGGGAUUUCAGUUUAUUGAAAUGUAGAUUUUAUGGUUAUUCUCUCACUGUCCUUUAGGAAUUAUUAUAUUUGUAAGUGUAUACUCAGAUUUUAUACCUGCACUGAAAAUAAUACAGUAGAUGCACACACAUUCCUGUUCUGUCUGCGAAUAAAUGGCUUUGCUGCAGAGAGACUCCUCCCUAUGGUUGUAAGGCCUUGUGUUUGGUUAAAUUGUUUCCCCCAUUAGCCCAGUUGGUGCUUUCCAUUUUCUAUGUUGGGUACUGUGGCAUGUCCCACUUUUUAUUCAUGGAGGGGGAGGCGGUUAAAGGUUGCUUCUUGUAAUGUCUGAUCAGUCAGAUAUUAUAAAGAUAUUGCCUGGUCGCAAGGCCCCCCACUCUCACAUCAAGAGAUAAGAGAAACGUAUUGCCCUCCAAAAAACAGCAGUACUGUUUACAUACUAGCAAGUAAUGGUAAAUAUUUUUUUCAAACAUGUAAAAUACUUUACAAAACAGGAAUUUGCAAAAAAAAAAGAAAAAGAAACUAAAUUUCUGUCAAUACAGACAGCAGAUGUGUGUUGCAGAUACUGAAACAAGAUGUGUAAAUUUAAUAACAUGGGUAAAUCUAGAAAUUUCCUUUUUAUGUUGUUUUAUUUGGUUGAGAUGAGUUUGGUUGAGAUCAGUUGAAAAGAUUUUUUCUUGGGAACAGCACCACCUACUGGUCCGCAGACACUGCUUACAGCACCAACCUGAUUUUCUGUAAGGUUUUCUCAUAUCACCUUAUUGCUGAAGUAGAACUGAUUCAUUUGUUCUUGACCACUAAAAGGUCAGGAAAGACCUCAUGUAUUGUAUUUGCAUUCUCUUCUAUGCUAAGGAAUCUGGCCCUUCUCACCUGUCAUAAGGGCAGGAGCUCCUAAGAGGAGUUUACAGUCUACAGGGAACAAAUAUAAAUUUUGUAUCGUCCAGAAGAUGAGUGUACUGUGAUUCCAGUAAAUAUUUGUACCCCUGGUGUUCGCAGCUACUGUAUAUUUUAUCAAUUGAACAUUGUAUUUCUCCUCAACUAAAGAAAAGAAAAAUUAGCAAGAGGCAGUGUUGUGUGACAGGGAUGUGCGCUGGUUUUUGUACCCACCAGGAAAGCAGUUUGUUAAGCAGAAGUUAAUGAAGCAGGCGGAUGGACUGUAGAGGGGGGUCUGUCUGAGAAAUGCUUAGUGUAAGUAUUGGACAAUUAGGGGGUGACAGAUAGGUGGAGUUACGGCCAGUGUGUGAGGGGUAGGAGAGCGCUGAGGGGUGAAAGAAUUGUACUCUCCAGCUCCCAAACAGUGCGAGUAUGGUCUGAGUGAGCUGCAGAAGGAAAUUUGUCAGAUAUCAGAAUACCCACUUGGACUGGAAUAACGUUGUCCUGCCCAUCUGUUUGAUUUCAUUGUAAUGGGAGCCUAAUACACAGAACAAAGCCUUGUGGUUUCACCCCCUGUUUAAAGGUAAGUGGAUGACUGAGUGGCUGUAAAUGAACUAACUGCCUAGUGAUACCAGCCUGAGAAAGAUGGGUUUGCCAGUUGCUGUGUGUCUUUCAGUCACUGUCUCUGUGUCUCUCAAAGAAAGAACAUCAUGUAAUAAAAAAAUAAAUAAACGCCUUUUGUUAUUUACGGUACCUAAGGGCGUAGCCUGUCUUUUUGAUCCUCAUGCCUGUUUUCUCAGGUCCUUGGUCCCAAAACGGGAAUAUUUGUUACAAUACAUCUGCAGUUUUGCUCUUAUAGUAGAAGUUACUAUACUUUUUUUUUCUUUUUGAUGUAGCUAUGUACAGUAGCUGUGUUGAUUCUGGAAGGGUGUACCUGAGUCACGCAGUUCAGCACUGUGCUUUGUUCAGGAUCUGUCUGUGAUCAGAAACCAGACAAGAUACCCUUAUUACAGAAACAAUGUUGUAAAUUUUCUGCCUGCCUGAUCCAUAUAAUAAGGUGACGGUCUUGUCCUGUGCUAGAAUCCCUCACUAACCAGACAUUAUUAGAUAUGCAGUUGCUCUGAAUUGCACUGAAUUGUAGUGAUUGAUAACCUCAUUUGACUGACUGUGAUUCGUCAGCCUUGUGCUUGCCCUGUUGUGAAGGUUGCUUUUGUUUUACAGACACGAGUUUUUCAGAGAUGAUCAUGGAUAGUUGUGAUUUUGUGGUGGUGUUUUUUGUUGAUUUCUAAGAAUGACGACAAAAGGAAUAAAGAUGUAUUUU